AUGGUUAUCAGAAGUCCCUACCCAGACCUGGAUCUUCCAAGCGUCGAUAUCUUCACUUUCUUGUUUAAGCGCAAAGACCAGAAGUUUCCCGAUAGUCACCCGAUCUUUUGCGAUGGGCUUACCGACAGAACCCAUACCUUUGGCGAAGUGCGGAAGCUCGCCGAAGAUUUUGGGGAAGGGUUGAGGUCACAAUAUGACUGGCAGAAGGACGAUGUGCUGGCUAUAUCUUCAUUAAGCGACAUUGAUAUGCCUCCCAUAAUAUUUGGGGCACUGCGGGCAGGAGGAACAGUGUCGACUGCGAAUCCAGGUUACACGGUCUCCGAACUCUCAUUCCAGCUUCGGGACUGCGGCGCAAAAUGCGUCGUCACGCGUUAUUCCAACAUCGAGACAGUAAAGAAAGCAUGUGCUGCAGCGGGCAUCGCAGAGAACCGCAUCAUCAUACUUGGAGACCAGAGGGACACAACGGGACAAUUUAAGCAUUGGACGAAUGUCCGCAAUAUUAGCAAUACAACGCGAUAUGCGCCACCGAAGACUGACCCACAGAACGACACUGCCUUUCUAGUUUACUCGUCAGGAACUACUGGCAAGCCGAAAGGCGUCAGACUCUCACAUUACAAUAUUACUUCCAACAUUCUUCAGCAUCAAGUAGCAGAAGGAUACAAUUUGACCUGGGACGGAAGCCGAACAACUAGGGACAUACCCAAGCCAGAACCCGGAAUUGGGGGGGACAAAAUUCUCGCAUGUCUGCCCUUUUUUCACAUCUAUGGGUUGACCGUUCUCAUCCACAGUCCGAUUUACUUUGGCGUCACCACCGUUGUUUUACCUGCCUUCGAUGUCGACACAUGGUGCCAAUUAGUGCAAAAACACAAAAUCACAUACUCUUAUGUCGUCCCACCCAUCGUUUUGCAUAUGGCAAAACACCCUUCAUUCGCACUGUACGACGUCUCUAGUCUACGCAUGGUCAUGUCGGGUGCCGCACCUCUAACCCGUGAGCUUAUCGACCAAGUCUAUGCAAGGCUAGGUAUCCGUAUUAAGCAGGGAUAUGGACUAUCGGAGACGAGCCCUAAUAUGUUCCAAGGCACUUGGGAUGGUUGGGAUAUUGAUAUUGGCACUUGUGGUGUCCUCCUGCCCAAUCAAGAGGUCAAAAUAUGUCAGCCCGUUGACAUUUCCAGAGAUGACGAUACGACAACCACCCUCCAAGAGCUCAAACCGGGUGAGGAGGGAGAACUGCACGUCAGAGGCCCAAACGUUUUUAAGGGCUACCACAAUAAUGCUAAAGCGACAGCCGAGUGCCUCUCUUCUGACGGAUGGUUCCGCACGGGAGAUGUUGGACGCAUCAACGAGCGAGGAAAUCUCUUCAUCACCGACCGAGUCAAGGAGUUAAUCAAGUAUAAAGGCUUCCAGGUGGCACCUGCAGAGUUAGAAGGCUCGCUAGUUGAUUAUCCAGGUGUGAUGGACUGUGCUGUCGUUGGCAUCUACGACAAAGAUUUAGCCACCGAGGUUCCACGGGCGUACAUCGUCACGGAAAACCCAUCAAAGCCGAUUGAUAUCAACGAGUUACAAAAGUGGUUUAACAGCCGUGUCGCAAGCCAUAAGAAGCUGAGGGGCGGAGUUGAGUUGAUAGAGCAGAUUCCGAAGAAUGCGAGUGGGAAGAUUUUGAGAAAGAUUCUGAAGGAGAAGGCGCGCUUAGACUUUGCGGCCAAGGGUGCCAGGCUGUAG